CCCCCCGGUUCCUCUGUAGUUUCAUUUUGCCUACGAUUCUGACAAUAAGGAUCCGUGCUAAUUAAACGUUAUAGGAGCGGCAUGAGGCACGAUGUAAUGACGUAAUUGUGUACCAAUAUAUUCUAAAGAGUAAGAAUGUCAACACUUGGUAAAGCAGAAUUUGGGGUGACCACUUUUUUCACCAGAAGCCAUCCAAAUGACAAAUGUGGAGCGAACGGUCUUCCUCUGACACCAAAUUCUGUCAAAGUCCUAGGACGUUUCCAGAACCUUAAAUGUCUGAGUCAUCCACAGAUCUGUAAAUACCUGGACAUCGUCAAGGACAAGCAUGAACGGAUGGUCAUAGUAUCAGAACAUUAUAGGAACUGUCUCAACAGCAAAUCAAGUCGAUUUAACGGUAAAGACAAAUUUACGGAGAUUGCCUAUGGAGUCCUGAAAGGUCUGGCCUACCUUAACUCACUUGGAAUCACCCACAGGAAUCUCUCCAAGGAUAACAUCUUAUUUGAUGCUGAGGGUCAUGUGAAGUUAGCCGAGUAUGGUCUGUACUUUAUGACGGGGUAUGGUGCUGACGUCGCCUUUCCUAUUGGGAAGCCCCAGUACCUGGCUCCAGAGGUUCUGUCAGAAGCUCCCAUCACUGUAGAUGAACAUUCUGAUGUGGAACCUGAAGUUCACAACCCCUCUGGUCCCAAGGUGGAUGUCUGGGCCUUGGGUAUGAUCUUGUUAGAGGUCAUGAGUGCACAAGAUUUAUGGACUGGUUUGACAAUGCCUCAGAUAUUCCACAAGAUAUUUGCUUUUCUAAAAUCAGAUCAGUCCCCCUUACAAAGUGUAGCCAAGGACAAUAGCCUCACAGAAACAAUUAAGACUUUGCCCCCGGAUGUGGUAGACUUCUUAAAUAAAUGUUUGACAGUAUCAACUAAACAAAGACCAAGUCCAUCUGAACUACUGAAGCAUGACAUUUUUACAGAGCUCAGAUUGAAAGAGGUGCCAUACAGGAAUGGGUUUCAGCUUUUCUCUACAGAGUCACGAUGUAAAGAUCUAGAAUUACCCGUCUAUGGUGAAAAUGGUUCAGUUCAAGAUGAAGACUUUGACCACCUGUCCUUGAGAAACAUGGAGGAAGUAUAUUACUUGUGGAGACUAGCCGGAGGUGAUCUAGAGGGUCUGCUACGCAAAGAAGGGCUCGUCAAAACAAAACCUCCCAUCACUCUCCUUCCUAGCUUCUGUACCAGUGAAGGUGAUGUGUUUGGACAGAUGAGGGACCGUGCAGAACUGCUGGACAAUAUCGUCAUUACAGCUUCACAGGAACAACUUAGAAAUAGACUAUCAGAAGUGGAUGAAAAGGCUUAUUAUCCUCUGUUGGAAGAUGAAAAGAGCAGUAUGACUGGUAGCCUGCCUUUGUCCCCAAGUAGUUCUGACCUGACCAAUACAGCUAGUCUACCUCUCGUUAUUAAGGAGAAGGAUGUUGAAUAUCAGUUUCAUCGGAUUAUUCUGUAUGAACGGCUGUUAAAAGCCUACCCCUACAAGAGAGCCCAUAUUUGGAAGGAAGCUCGUGUUGACAUCCCCCCGCUGGUUAGGGCACAUGUCUGGGCAGCUCUCCUGGAGGUGGAGGGCGAUAUUGAAAGCUUGUACAGCAGUAUUGAUAAGGACACAGUCACGCCCACUGAUAGACAGAUCGAGGUGGAUAUUCCUCGGUGUCACCAGUAUCAUGAACUACUGUCAUCCCCGACAGCUCAUAUCAAGUUUAAGCGUGUUCUAAAGGCGUGGGUAGUCAGCCACCCACAGUACGUGUACUGGCAGGGUCUAGACAGCCUCUGUGCUCCGUUCCUGGCCCUGAAUUUCACAAAUGAAGCUCUGGCCUAUGCCUGCUUAUCUGCUUUCAUUCCUAAAUAUCUCCACAAAAUAUUUUUGAAAGAUAAUUCCCAGGUAAUCCAAGAGUACCUGGCAGUGUUUACUCACCUCAUAGCAUUCCAUGAUCCAGACCUCAGUAAUCACCUCGAUGGAAUCGGCUUCAUUCCAGACUUGUAUGCCAUCCCAUGGUUCCUGACUAUGUAUGCACAUGUGUUCCCCCUACAUAAGAUAGUACACCUGUGGGACACUCUACUACUGGGUAACUCCUCCUUUCCACUGUGUAUUGGGGUAGCUAUACUUCAGCAGUUCCGCGACCGUCUUCUCUCAUUUGGCUUUAAUGAGUGUAUUCUCCUGUUCUCAGACAUGCCAGAAAUAGACAUCCAGAGAUGUGUACAAGACUCCAUAAAGAUAUUCUGUAGUACGCCAAAAAGUGCCACCUACCGCCAACAUGCCCGACCAUCCAAAAAAGCACAGAAGGAGGAAAGUCGCCCCAACCUAUCAUACUACUCGCGGGACUACAACGAUCAGCCCUCCACAGAUCUGUCUAUGGAGCCAAUACCAAUUGAUGAGCUGAAGAGAGAGAAGGUGCCUAGAAUUUCUGCAGAGGACCUGAUUGAAUUAGGGGAGCUGACAGGCCCAGCCCACAGUAAAAGUCCGACCAAGCGUAAACAGAACAGCAAGCCAAUGUUGUUGGUGGUGGAUGUCCGUGGUGAAGACGAAUUCAAUAAAGGUACUGUGGAGAGGAGUAUCAACAUCCCGUUCCAUUCUGCCUUUUCACCAGAGGGAGACCUCAACCCUUGCCCUGCUGUCACCACCUUGACCUCUAGUAGGUCACAGGUCAAGGUCAUUGUUGGAAGUAGAGGGAAAAAUGCUGUGAAUUUUGCUAAUGAGAUAAUCCGUCUCGGAUUCUCUAAAGUCUGCGUUCUCCACAAAGGCAUUGAUGUCUUACGACAAACAGGGCUACUGAUGCUGCCCCCAGCAGAUAUCUGAUAUCGUCAGCAUUAGGUUGAAGAUCUAUCACUAUAUAUCAGUCGAGAUCUGAUAUCAGCCGUAGGGUGACAUUCUAACAUGUGAUAUCUGCCCAGUGGUUAGAUGAAGACCAACUUCUCACUGAUGAGUCGUACACUGCCGGUCCAGUGUCAUGAUGCUUCUGUGGCUAGUACAUGUACUACAACAGACUAAAUACACAAACCUCAGACUGUUCCUACAUCAGUAGGGUGUUUCCAAGAUAUUUACUAGUACAUGUGGAUUCUUACUUGUAUCUAAAACUGAUAUUAUAUCAAAGGAUUUACUGUGAAUCUGUCUCUAUAGAAGUCCCGUGAAGUUGUAUUGAUUUUCAUGAAGUGUUUAUUGUGUAUAAAACCUCGACAGACAGAUAAUACUUAGAUGAAUUAUUGUUCUUGUACAUGGUAGUGUGAUUAUGGAAGGUACCAUCAGAGUGACUGAAUACUUCUUUUAGAACCCUUCCUGUCAUAUAUAUACUCUUCCUGACUUGCUGUUCUUCAUCACUACUUCCUGUCACACCUUGUAUUUCUUGUUGUACAUCACUACUUCCUGUCACACCCUACAUUUCCUGUUGUACUUCCCUACUUCCUGUCACACCCAUACACAUUCUGUUGUACAUCACUACUUCCUGUCACACCCUACACAUUCUGUUGUACAUCACUACUUCCUGUCACACCCAUACACUUUCUGUUGUACAUCACUACUUCCUGUCAUACUCAACACUUUCUGUUGUACAUCACUACUUCCUGUCACACCCUACACUUUCUGUUGUACAUCACUACUUCCUGUCACACCCUGCAUUUCCUGUUGUACAUCACUACUUCCUGUCACACCCUACACUUCCUGUUGUACUUUACUACUUCCUGUCACACCCAUACACUUUCUGUUGUACAUCACUACUUCCUGUCACACCUAUACACUUUCUGUUGUACAUCACUACUUCCUGUCACACCCUACACUUCCUGUUGUACUUUACUACUUCCUGUCACACCCAUACACUUUCUGUUGUACAUCACUACUUCCUGUCACACCCUACACUUUCUGUUGUACUUCCCUACUUCCUGUCACACCCAUACACUUUCUGUUGUACAUCACUACUUCCUGUCACACCCAUACACUUUCUGUUGUACAUUACUACUUCCUGUCACACCCAUACACUUUCUGUUGUACAUUACUACUUCCUGUCACACCCAUACACUUUCUGUUGUACAUCACUACUUCCUGUCACACCCUACACUUUCUGUUGUACUUCCCAUCAUACCCCUACGUCAUACUUUCUGUUUAUCUCUAUGUCUGAAAAAUGAAUUCCACAAUAAUGGACCAUAAAUCAUAUACAUAACUCAUUUUUUGUUAUAAUGUGCAAUAUAUUUUUUGUUCAUGAUAAUUUGAUAUCAUUACCAUUACACAGUAACAUGUGACAUGGUUUAUAUGUAUGCAUGUUUGGUAAUGUAUUUUGUUAAAUAACAAAACAAUUAUUUGUUGCUAUAGUAUGGUAUAUUUAGAAGUUGUAAACAGGCCUCGUCUGGCAUUGAGCCCCUCUUGCCCGAUUUUCAAAACUAGUCACAAAUGUUUGAAACAUUUUGAUUUGUAAAAGGCUCAAUAAUCAUGGGUAUCUAUUAGCAUCACUAUACAAGUUACAGGUACUGGGUUUGUAAGAUUGUGAUCAUAUAGAGAGGAGGUACCACAAAUGAAUAAAAUGUUAAAGAAUGCCAAAA